AUGGAUAUUCGACAAUUCCCUAGUGUCCACUGGAUCUGGAGAGGAGGUAUCUCAUUCGUUUGCGAGGUUCACCCUUGCAUUGUGGUCAAGGUCCCGAAGUCAGAAGAAUUUGAAGGAGAACAAUUCGAUAAAGAGCUAGAGAUAUACUGGAUCUUCUCACGAAGUCCACCUUGCCCCUCUAUUGUGCAAUAUUUUCUCUUUUCAGGAAACGGCAUCUUUCUCGAGUACAUGAGAGAUGUCCUAAUUGAUCGCAACCGACUAAAACUAUCCGACUUUGAUUAUAAGGCUAAAAUUGGAACUAAUUACGAAGCUUAUAUAGCCCUAUAUGGUAAAAUACUCAAUAGUAACGAGGCGGUGAACCUAGAACUUUCGGUUUCCUCGGCUCUCGAAUAG